CAGCUGAGGUUGGACCCUGCCGCUUAGAGUGGUUACACUUAUGAGCUCAGGACGCACGGAAAGGAGUCGCUGAGCAAUUGUCUAUCUCCUUUGUUGACUUUUGACAUAUCAAGAGGUUGUGUUGCUCCUUAUGCUGACUUUUGCGCCAGGUCCUGUUGCGGAGUCCUGUCGGGCAGAUACAACCUACUGUGCUGUGGAAAUGGAGAGGAACCGGCACGACAGCGAGAGGUCCUGCUCUAGCAUCCUGGAGCAUCAUGAUCUGGAAGCCGCAGAAGCCCUGGUCUGCAUGAGCUCAUGGGUUCAAAGGUCGCACAAACCACGCCCUCUCACUCCAACCUCAGACUCCUGUGACUCCUUGGUACUGCAUCCUGAAGUCACAGAGUCCCCCAAAGACAUGGUCUCCCUGUCCUCACUGUGCAUGACUCCACCUCACAGUCCCAGCUUUGCUGAGACCUCGACCACCACUGUCCAAACCUUCUCAGGCCCACGGUCAGUCUUACCACAGCCCAGGCUCUGCUCAGCUCUGCCUGGCAGAAAUGCCAACCACGUCGUUUUACCGCCAGGCACAGUGAACUCUUCCCUGGGAAAUCCUGCCCUGCUGUUACCCCCCCUGGAACCAACUGCAGGGUCACAAUGCAGAGCCAUGGCAACCAGUGUCAUCCGCCACACAGCAGACAGACCAUUCACCGCCCACAUUCCACCUGAUUCCACUGGGCAACAGGUGAGGCUGGUGGAGACAGAGAACCAGGGACCGCAAUCUGAGGCCAGAGGGAUCUCUACCUUGUCCCCGAUGGUUCCCAUGCAAACUGAGGCACAGAGCAGCCCCUGGGCUGGGAUGGAGGUUAUCAACAACAACCCCCCCAUUGCCUCGCCACCACCUGCAGUCUCACCCUCCCAAGUCAAUACCUUGCCCCAUCCGGCCUUGUCCAGCUCUCCAGUCCUCUGCCAGGUUUUUCCAGUGAAUGGCCAAACCGGGAUCAUCUCUGCCUUCGUCCAGGCUCCAGUUCAAAUGCAAACCGCCAGUGGGCCCAAGGCCAUUCUUCCUCAGUCGCCAUCUUCCUUCCCGCAGCAGGUUCUGGUGGGCUCUCCUGUGGGCCAGGGGACGGUGAUGUUCGUGGUUCCUCAGUCUUCCAUGUCUCAUCCCCAGCCCGGCCCACAGAGCGUUGUCACCCUGGGCAACACCAAGCUUCUUCCCCUGGCCCCGGCUCCAGUGUACAUGCCCUCAGGUCAAAACGGAAACGCCACACAGGUGGACUUCUCCCGCCGGCGGAACUAUGUCUGCAACUUCCCCGGAUGCAAGAAGACGUACUUCAAGAGCUCUCAUUUGAAGGCACACCUCAGAACCCAUACAGGUGAGAAACCUUUCAGCUGUCACUGGGAAGGCUGUGAUAAAAAAUUUGCCCGCUCUGAUGAACUCUCCAGACACCGGCGCACACAUACUGGUGAGAAGAAGUUUGUGUGCCCAGUGUGUGACCGGCGAUUUAUGCGAAGUGAUCACUUGACCAAGCACGCUCGUCGACAUAUGACCACCAAGAGGGCCUCAACGUGGACCUCAGAAGUUCGUGACCUCAAUAAAAUGGCUGCUUCCAAGGCCCCACCAACCAACUCCUCUGUUCCUCUCAGUGUACUCGUAUCCGCCUCAAACUAGAAACAAGUCUUAGGCCAUAGGGCCACCUCAGGACAAUAUCCCACUGACCAUCUAUCACGGGAAAAAUAAGUGACAAACACAAAAUGGCUGCUACCCCAACAAUGGACAGAAACAAACUGACUUUGCACUGGAUUUUUAAAUACAUUGUUGUUUAUACUUUCUUUAUAUGGAUUUUUGUUUACUUUUGUACAAGUAAUGUUUCUCAAACUUAUGCACUCUUUUUGCCAAAGCCUUCGCAUUACAAUAUGUUAUCUGUUACUCCUUGUCGGUCUAUGUAUAUUUGUAUAUAUAAUAUCUAUAUAUGAAUGUAAUGUGUACUCCAUCUUGCAUUUAUUGACAAUAUAUAAAUACGUAAAUGUUAUUGAUGUGCUUAAAUCUGUAAGUGGACAGUAUUCAUAGAUGUGAUACUAUCUACUGUCUUGUCUUGCUUUGCAUAUUAUUUAAUAAACAUUUGUUUUUAAAAAAA